AGCCGGGCUGUGGCAGCGUGUGGCCUUCCAGCCCUGUGUGCCCAGCUGGGACGUUGCUGUGCUCCACCGGCUCCGUCCCACGCUGCCCUGGGAGCACUUUGGGCACCUCGGUGGCGUGGAGCAGCCGUGGGGUUACGGCAGGAGCUGCCCAUCUACUCCCCACAUCGCGUUCGUUGGGAUUUCGGUCUCUUAAACCGCGUCUGUUCAGCCGGUGGUGACGGAGGGUGGUCACCCACCAGGCAUGCAGCUGGUGUUGUCUGGACGGCUUGUUGCAGGGGAACACCCGGCCCUGUAAGAAACUGCGGGUCUGGAGUGGUCCGGCACCAGGAGCCUGGAGCAGUAUCACUGUUGAAGGGUGGCACAGGGGGUUGCACACAGAGAGCUGAAGCUGCAGGCUGCAGCGCUGUGCUUUUGGCCAGUGCUCUUCUGAGAGCAUCUGCUCUGCUUGAGCCAGCCUGAGAAAAGAAACUCACAAGAGUUCCCCAUUUGUUUUCAAUCCAGCAAAUGCAGAUUCCUCUGCAUCGUUGCCAGCCUGACACUGUUGCCUUGUACUUUAACGGAGGUGAACUGGAGGUGCCUCCUCCAGUGGCCUCACCAGGGUGUGGAAGCUUGGCUCACCCUCAGCACCUUCUGAGAGGCGACUGCUGCUCCUGUGCUAACCCUUUGGCUGACCCUGAGUGGAGCCUCAGCUGAUCCUGUCCUUGACACAAUUUGGCCUCUGAGUUCAAGCAUCCCUGCUGUCAUUCCUGGCAUUUGAAGUACUCCCUCCACCUCUGUCCUUUCACAUCUCAUUCUUCUUGCCAUAAUACCUAGGAAGCCUCUAGCUGUGUCUUAAGCGUUAACAUCUGUUUUGAGGUUUGUCAUGUUUCCAUAAGUUUCAGUUUCUUCUGAAAGGCUCUCUCUCCCCUUGCCUAUGCCAUUCUCUCUCCUUUGCUUCCAUUGUGAUUCUAUCUUUUCCUCUGCAAAAGGCCUGAAGGAGUUUGUAGAUACAGAAUUUGCAGUUUUGCAGAUGCUUUACCAAAUACAGCCUCUGUACCGUGCUACAAGACGUCACCAUCAUCCCCCUCAUCUUGACUCACUCCUCUGGCUGCGAGUCGUGCUGGGCAUUGUGUCUAAAUGUGUCCUUCUUGUUUGCGAGGCCCUCCAUAGCACUGCUAAUGCCCACAUCUCUGAGCUGGCUGCUUCUGCCGUUCCAUUCUUGAAAUCCUCUGCUCUGCCAAGGCCAAAGGUUUCACUUCUCUCUCCAGCUGCUCCACUUAGGAUUAGUGGUGACAUUAAAAACUAGUACAAAAAUGCAAUGAUUUUAGAGAAAUGUUAGCUUGUCAAUGGGAUGGGAGGAACUAAGCAGCAGGGGAGAGGAAAGAAGUGACACUGGGAGCCUUGCAGAGCACCAGCUCUGCUAGCUGUCAUAGGAAGCUUGGCUGGGUCUCGGGGCUCUACGUGUGGUUGAAGUGUCCCUGCCUUGGGUGACUGUUUGGACAGACUAUGUGACAGUGGUGAUGUGAGCUUGGGUAGGACAGCCUAAGUUGUGCUUAUCUUAGCACUUUACUACCUUAAUUGAUAAUUUCCCCUCUACCUCCAGCAGAAGUAUUUCUCCAGUCAUGUUCUAAGGAUUGCUCCACCCCACUUCUGGGUGACACAGCUUUUACUUUGUCUUAUUUUUAGAACAUUUUGGUUAGGAAAUAAAAUCUGUUGCUUCCUUCUCAGGAGCACCUAGGGCCUCUGAAAGGAAAAGGUCCACGUGAUGCCAGGUAUCAGCAGAGUCCCUGCUGGGGAUUUAGGUUCUUUGAAGAUAACAAACAGCACAGAACAGGACCGAAGGUGAGCAAAGAGCAGUGCUUCCAAGUCAAACACAAGUAAUUUCCAGAUUUCUGGAUUCCCUGCCCAGCAACCAAAGCAUCGUAAUGGGCUUCUGUCCAAAAGCUGUCUUGAAAAAUAUUGUUUGGGGUGCAAAGUCAAGUGCUUCAGUGUUAAGGAAUGUCCUUGUAGUCCCAGUUCAACCUGUUUUGGAUAUGUACUUGGUAAUGACCGAUUUUGUAAUUGUAUACUACUUACCCCCAGUAAGCCCAGCCAUGGGUACUGGCACAACGGAAGUGCUGCUGCUCUUGGGGUUUUGUUGGCUUCUUAUUCUAAGUUGUAUCAUUUUAGUCUGUCUACAAAAAUGGCAAGAGACAACCAUGUGCCUUGGGGUAGAAGAAUACAGGUAACAGGUCUGUAAGGUGUGUGCAGCCACUCCAUACAGAAUUUGGGAAACUCUUGUAUCCUAAGAUGGUAUACUGGCCUUUGCGUGCUUGGGUCCCCAGUGCCAGGGAUUAAAUAUCCAUCACAGUCUCCUUGCUCACAUGUUGUGGCAAGGUGUUCGCUUUGCAUUAAAAAUUGAUACUGUGCUCUAGUUUCCAGAUGACUUUCAUUUGCUUGCUAUCUGGCCCAGCACAAGCUCCUCUUACUUCCUCCCCAAGCUACGCUUACCCCACACAAAUGCCACCAGCCUGCCCUGAGCCAUGUCCUGCAACAGAGCAGGUGCAAGGACUGUGACAGCCAGGGCUCAGCUGGAGAGAAGAACAAGUGGUUUGAAUGACUUAUAUGGUACGUGGCAAAGCUCCUCUGACAAAUACCCCAAACUGGUGCCCAUGCUGGGGGGCAGGCCAGAGCCUGCUUAAGCAGCCUUUGUCCUUGGUCAUCCUGGUUAUGGAGGACUUGAUGAUCCAACCUAAAUUUAUUCAUUUCAGUGAUUUUUGGUAUAUCAGGUCACAGACAAAGCAAAGGAAGCUAUUUCUUUUAAAGUGAGGACAUUCCUUUUCCUCCUGGGAGCUAUAUGGGGUUAGGAGGUGGAGUGCAGAAGGGGUGACCUCCUGUUUCCCACUGUGUGAAGCCCAGUGCGGGGGCUGUCUGGGAUCUGCUGAGACAAGCAGCACAUCCUAACAAGGGGCUGCAGCAGUCAGCAUUUUCCUGGUGGGAGAAGGCUCCUCUUCUCCACGCCAUUAGUUGGGAUUUUGACCUGCUUUCUGUGUUCUCUGUUCUGUUGGGAUUUAUAUGGUCAGCUCUGCAGUUCGCCAGAGCUGCAGUCCCUGCAUUGGCACUAUCUCCAGCCGGGGCCCAGGCAGCCUGGCUCAGCGGGGUAUUGUUUAUCCCACCCAGGAAUGUGCAGGCAAGCAAGGACCUCCGGGAGCUUACAGAGCAACAUGUUCUGCUCUGAGCAGGGGGAGUAACUGCGGGUGGCAGCAGCUCUGAAGGCUGGCAGUCGGAGUGUGCUGGUGUGCAGGCAACGUCCUACCCUUGAAGUGUGGAUAAGGACUGUGCAAGCUGCGCAGAUACAGUGGGGGAAGGAGGGCUGUACAGAUUUGGAGACCACAGGGGGGAACAGAGGGAAAGGAUAAGAAUGCUUUGGCGUAUAGUUAGUAAGUUCUUGACACAGUGGCAUGAGAAGCCAAGCAUCACUCCUGAUUUCUUCCCACUGCAUGUUACGUGCUGAUCCUGCAGCCUAGAGUGCAGAGGGCUGCAGCAUAUCUCUUGUGAAAGCCAGACCCAGCAGCUGGAGGGUGCACUGAACGAGGUCGAGAGGCAUCUCCAUCUCUGGGAGUGGAUUAUGUUUUCAGUGAACAGUCAUUGAGCUAUAAUGAGUGGAAGGAGGCAUGAAAAGACCUAGGUGAAAUGCAUGGCAUUUUUCAAUUUUUAAAAAAGAUCACUGGCAGUAUUUGUUUAAUAUUUUUAAUAUUAAUUUCUUUAAUCAUUCUGUGGCAAACAGCUUUUGUACCUUUCUGGGAAUCUGGCUCCUUCCUGGUCUACUGCUCAGGCAGGCUCUAAAGUUUUUAUAGAGAUUGAGACAUCUGCUUCACAAGAAUCCACUUGUCCCUCCUGUGGAAACCAAGUGUGCCUGUGGAAGCCCACACUGCAUGUUUUGAUCUGAUUGAUAAAAUGUUAGUUUUUCAGUUAUGGUGCUGUAACGCUGACCAUAGCCUGUUCUAACAGUGCUACUUGAGUGAGAAGCGGAAAAGCAUUAUUUAGAGGGAAACGAGUGGUGAUAGCACCUGUGAAUUUUGAUUUUCUGGCUUCUAAAUUUGUGGCAUCCAUACCUUACUGCUUUUUAUCUCAUAAUCUGAUCAGCACUUAGGGUAUACCACCAGAGUAGCUGUCUGAAAACCCUUUGGGUCUCUCCUUUUACUGGGGCUGUUUGUUAAUACUUUUUGUAAUCAACCUAAAAUAAUCUCUUCAUGUUGCUGCCUUAUCUCGUGAGUGCUUGAAAUUCUUGCUUCAGCACCUUUCAGCAAAAGUAGGGAAGGCAAGAACUCCCAUUUCUAAGGUACAGAAACUCAUCAGAGACUCAUUUCCUCACCAUCAAAAAGAUGCAACAAGGACAUUUAUAUCACCAACUUCAGUAGGUCUACUUCCAUCUAAAUGAUGGCACUUUGAGCAACUGCCUGACAGUUAUUUGUGGUACUGGUGAGUCCGUUAUUUGAGACUUCUUACCCUGCCCAAUUUCAGCUGCAAAAAGAGAGGAGGAAUAUGAGAAGUUGUCAGUCAGUGUGUAAAUGCCUUCUUUUGGCUGCUGUGGCUUGAUCCUGUCUGUGCUGAAGGUCUCAAAACAAUAUUGUAACAGAGUUAAUAGCCGUCAUUUCAUUCUGUUCCCUCCUUUCAUCAGCCACGCUGGACCAGACAUGCUUCAGAGCUCAUGGCAAAAUGGGAUAGGCAGUCUUCCACGGAGGUAAUGUUAAUGUGUGCUGAGCAUGCAUGCAGGCAGGCUGAGGGGAGUGAUUAAUGCCCUGGGAAUCCACUCUCUGCCUUGCUGCACAAUGCUGUUGUGUCAGGCCUGGAGCUUGGCACCAGGGCAGGCUGCAGUCGAGUGCCAGGAACACAUUACCUAGUUUGUGCAGGAUCAGGCAAUGAGACAGAGACAGCGUGUUCGCAGCAGGGCCAGUUCACUGCUGCGCUGCAGCUUCAUACUUGCAUGGUGAGGCUUUCUUUGGAUGUGGGUCUGCUGCUAGGUGGGGGCAUGAGUCCUGCAACUUGUAGUCUUGACCUCCGCCAGUCUGAAAUCUCCGUGUCUGCUCAUUUGUGGAGGAGCCCUCUCCCCCUCCCUCCCUCCCCCAGGCAGGCAGGGAUCACCCAUCCUUGAGGUGAGAGGGAAUGGUGCUUGGCCAGCUGUCAGGAACUGUGACUCACUGGGGAUCACAGGCAGAGCCUGGCUCUCCCUGCAGUCUGCUCUUCCUGCUGGAACCUCUGCGUGAGCUGUUGCUGAAUGUUUGUUUUCACCAGAUCUAGGGUGGAUCUGGGAGAAGCUUGGGUCCAUCAUUAAGCCUGAGGAGUUGGCCUCAGUAAGUUUCCAGUCUGGAAGAUGCUGGGACACUUCCUUUUCUAGGUAGGGGUUUGGAGAAAAUGUUGGCAGGCAGCACUUCAUGGAGUAAGACAAGGCCAGGGUCCUGGAAAACAUAAUGUUUUGUGUUGAAUUCAUGUUACGGAGUAAGCAAACCCCAUAAGACCUAUUCACUGCUUUUGAAUGCAGGGGCAUACUGUCUAGACUUGGAGUCAGGGAGUGAUCCUGCUCUUCUCAGUACUGCUGAGGGAAUGUGGGCUUUUGGCAGUUUCAGAAGUUACUUCAUGAUUUCUUGCCUCAUGGGCUGGCUCUCAGGGAUUGCUUUUCACAUGAAUAAGUUAGUGCCCAUGUUUUAUUAUAACCGCAGUUAAUAUAUACAUGGCAGAACAAUUACAAUCCUGCCUGCCCCACUUGACCUGUCUCUUUGGAAAAUCUUGUAUAUUUUAAUGAAUGAGUCUCCAGAGCUGCAGAUGAGCUAAGGAAGUGACACCACUGUUUUCAUGGGCAGGAUCUGAGCCCAGGGCGGUGAGAAGGCCAUAUCCUCAGCCCCAGUGACUGCAGCAAAGCCAGGGUUUAGGUCUCCAGCACACAUGCUGUAAUUCUUAUGCUCCUCAGCCCACUCUUACAUUACAUCUUUGACAGAAGAAAUGCAAGAAAUCUUACUGUACCAUCAUGUGCUCUUGGAGAAACUAACCUGAGACGGCAAUUAUGCCUGCAAUAUUUUUUCCAUCUUUGUCCUGUGCGGCUGUGAAGUUUGCAUAUUCAGAGUACGGCAAGGAUUCCUAGGACCAUGAGCUCAGUUGGCAGCCUGCCUGUGUGGUGGAGGGCAGCCCUUAGUGCCUGCAAGGGGCUGCUACUGCUGUGCCUAUCACUGCUGCUGUCCUGUUUGUGUCAGAGCAUGUAGCAGCAUGUCCCAGCCACCCCACCUCAAACAGUGCAAGGCUCCUUCCUUGUCUUUAGUAUUUCCAAGCUAAUUGAUGGCUCUUCCAUCUUUUUGCCUGCUCCACAUGGUCAUGUUUUUAAUAGUUACUCCUUCUGCCUCAGUAGGUUCCUGCUACCCUGAACUGCAGCUCUUUGUGCUCCUGAUUCACUCCAGUCCAUUCAUCUCUUUUUGGUGGCAAAGUGCUGUCGGCUGCUGGAUAUAGGGCUCUUUGUACAGCCAGCACAACACUGGUGACAAAGAUACAGCCUGUGCCCCAAGGAGCCAACAUGCUACAGGGAAGGCAGUGGAGAGCAAUAGGAGUGAUGAACAGGACAGCAGAGCCUUAGGUACUAAUUUGCCUUCAGACCCUGCACAAUGGAGGCUGGCUCCGUGGUACGAGCAGUCUUUGAUUUCUGUCCCAGCGUCUCUGAAGAGCUGCCUCUCUUCGUGGGAGAUGUCAUUGAGGUGCUGGCAGUGGUGGAUGAGUUCUGGCUCUUCGGCAAGAAGGAAGGUGUCACAGGGCAGUUUCCUAGCAGCUUUGUGGAACCUGUGGAUAUUCCACCUUUGAAGCAGGGAGAAAAACUGUUUGUUUGUACCAGUGACUUCACAUCUCAAGAGCCAGGGAGUUUGUCAUUGCAGAGAGGAGAUCUGGUGAUCCUGGGGGGGUCCCUGGCCUCCAGCUGGCUCCAGGGCCGAAGCAGCUGGGGUUCCAAGGGAUUUUUCCCCUCAUCAUGUGUGCGAGAGCUGUGCCUUUCAGUUCGGAGCCGUCAGCUGUCCCAGAGUGCUCUCCUGGAGGUGCCUGCCUACUCACUGGGCCAAGCCCGGGCCCUGAUGGACCUAUCUGCUCAGCUGGAGGAGGAACUGGACUUCAGGGAAGGGGAUGUGAUCAAUGUUGUUGGCAUCCCAGAGCCUGGCUGGUUUGAAGGUGAGCUCAGAGGCCGCAGGGGCAUCUUCCCAGAGGGUUUUGUGGAACUGCUUACUCCUCUGCGAGCAUCAGGAACUUCAGUGGAUCCAGAGCCCACAGGGACUUGUGACACCAAUGGGACAGUGGAGAUGCCCCCCAAGGAGGAGGAGGAGGAGCCAGGGAGCACUUAUGGUGUUGCCCUUUAUCAGUUCCAAGCCCUGGAGUCCAAGGAACUGGAUUUUGAUGUGGGUGACAGGAUUCGGAUCAUAGGCAUUCUGGAGGAUGGCUGGCUGGAGGGGGAGCUGAGGGGGAAACGCGGCAUCUUUCCACACAGAUUUGUGAGGCUGGAAGCCUCUGAGGCUUGCAGGGAAAAGAUGGGUGCUGGGAAUCCCCAAGGUGGAGGCAGAUGUGGACUCACCAUUAAUCAAGACACAGAAACCACCUGCUCUGAAGCUCUUCCUUUGCCAGGGAAAGAUGGCAGAGAAAAGGAGGAUGACUUGGCCGCACACCCUGAGCAUGACACCAUUUUGUCUCAUGCAAUCAGGAAAACAGAAGGUCAUCUUGGCACAGAUUUGAAACAGCAUCAGGUUUCUGUCACAGGACACCAAGGGCCAUGUCCCAAAAGCACAGCAGACUCCAUCCCCUUUGACCACACAAAGACAGUCAAUGGCAUUCUCCCCUCUGCUCAGCUGCCUCCCCCACAGGGCAACAGGCCUGGCCAGGUAGGUGAGUUGGAGCCUGGGGGAACUGUUUCAGCCUCCCCAGGAAACUCAGAAACUCAAGCCCUGUCUGAGCAUGAUGGAGACAGUCCCACUGUGCCCCUGCAGGCUCCCUGUUGUUCCCCAGAUCCUUGCAGGAGCCAGGCAAUUUCUUCUUCUAACAUCUGGGCAGCAUCCGAGCCCCAGGAGAGCCAGAGCAGCACCCAGGACCUGGAUGGUUGGGUGGACAUUCAACAGGAGAAGUCCAAACCUUGUUCCUACAGCCUGGGAGGUGCCCAGGUGGGUGUGGACACAUGGGCUGGGAACUGUGGGGAAUGCUUCCCACUUGCCACGCAGGGGGAUGGCUGCACAGACCUUGACUCCAAACUGACAGAGCAGCUGGCACAGUUUGAGAAGAGUCUGUCAAGUACUGGUGCUGAACAGGACAAAGUCUCCCGCCACUUCUCCAUCUUAGACUACAGCUCUGAGAAGGACAUUGUCCGUGGGUCUCCUGAGUGUACCCCCCAUGCCAGGCAGCCAGAGAGGAGGAAGGCCCUCAGGCCACCCCCUCCUCGGCCCAGCAGUCUUGCAACAACCCCUGUGCACACACUGGGUGGCCAGAUGCCCAAAGGCAGGUCAUUGUCCUUCUCGGUCAAGCCUUCUCGGCCUGCGCCCCGGCCUCCAUCAAGCACCCAGCGGAAAAAUGUGGCCUCUGCACAGCUUCAGCCCAGCACCCAGGAGCAGCGGGUGGAGGAGGGACGUGAGGACUUGACACAGGCAGGAUCAGCUUCUCCCCACUCUAUUCUGAUGAUGAGAAUUGGAGAGGUGGAGCGAGACCUGGAGGCGUAUGGCAAGACCCGCACUGAGCUGAGCCUGAUGCUGGAGGAGCAGCAGGAUGAGCUGGUGAGAGCAGAGACCCUGGAAAACCUUGAUUUCUGUGACUCCAACAUCGAGAGCCUCAGUGUGGAGCUUCAGGAGCUGAGAGAGAUGACUCUCCUGUCCUCCCAGACACCAUCCCUGGAAACGUCCUCAGCUGCCACUGAGAGCCCAGAGCAAAGGAUGCUGGAGAAGAGGUCCAAGGUUGUUGAGGAACUGCUCCAGACAGAGCGGGACUAUAUCAGAGACCUGGAGAUGUGUGUGGAGAGGAUCAUGUUGCCCCUACAACAGGCACAGAUGCAGAAUAUAGACUUCGAGGGACUUUUUGGAAACAUCCACACAGUAAUUAGCUUCUCCAAACAGCUGCUGUCUACCUUGGAGGCUUCAGAUGCCAUUGGGCCAGUGUUCCUGGCACAGCGUGCAGAGCUGGAGAGCGUCUACAGGGUGUAUUGCCAGAAUCAUGACGAGGCCAUUGCACUGCUGGAAACCUAUGAGAAGGAUGAGAAGAUGCAGAAACUACUCCUGGACUUGCUGGAUAGCCUCAGGAGCCUGUACAGUGAGUGGGGCUGCACAAACUACAUUAACCUGGGCUCCUUCCUCAUCAAGCCAGUGCAAAGGGUGAUGCGGUACCCGCUGCUGCUGAUGGAGCUGCUGAGUGCCACCCCCGACAGUCACCCUGACAAGGCACCGCUCACAGCUGCUGUCCUCGCAGUCAAAGAAAUCAACGUCAACAUCAAUGAAUACAAGCGCCGGAAGGACCUGGUGCUAAAGUACCGGAAAGGAGAUGAGGAUAGCCUUAUGGAGAAGAUUUCCAAGCUCAACUUCCAUUCUAUCAUCAAGAAAUCCAACCGUGUGAGCAGCCACCUCAAGCAUCUCACAGGCUUUGCGCCCCAGCUGAAGGAUGAAGCCUUUGAAGAGACAGAGAAAAAUUUCCGGAUGCAGGAGCGGCUGAUCAAGUCCUUCAUCCGGGACCUUUCCCUCUACUUGCAGCACGUCCGGGAGUCAGCUUGCAUGAAGGCACUGGCAGCAGUGAGCAUGUGGGACCUGUGCACGGAGAAAGGUGGUGGUGACUUGGACCAGUUCCAGAAAGUGAAUCGGCUCAUCAGCGACCAGCUCUUCUCCAACUUCAAAGAGCGGACGGAGCGGCUGGUGAGCUCACCCCUGAACCAGCUGCUGAGCAUGUUUGCGGGGCCCCACAAGCUGGUGCAGAAACGCUUCGACAAGCUCCUUGACUUCCACAACUGCACAGAGCGAGCGGAGAAGCUGAAGGACAAGCGAACGUUGGAGGAGCUGCAGUCAGCCCGCAACAACUAUGAGGCCCUCAAUGCUCAGCUGCUGGACGAGCUGCCCAAGUUCCUGCGCUUUGCCAAGGAGCUGUUUGCCAGUUGCGUGCGGGGCUAUGCCGAGGCACACUGUGACUUUGUGCGCCUGGCCCUGGAGGAGCUGAGACCCCUGUUGUCGUUGCUGAAGGUGUCUGGCAGGGAGGGGAACCUCAUUGCCAUCUUCCAGGAUGAGCACAGUCGAGUCCUCCAGCAGCUCCAGGCCUUCACCUUCUUCCCAGAGUCCCAGGCACCUCCCAAGAAGCCUUUUGAAAGGAAGAGCGUGGAGCGGCAGUCUGCCCGGCGGCAGCCCCUUGUUGGCUUGCCUAGCUACCUCCUGCAGUCGGAUGACAUCCGAGCUGCCCUCCUGGCCCGCUAUCCCCCAGACAGUCUCUUCCAGGCAGACCGCAAUUUCAACGCUGCCCAAGACCUGGAUGUCUCACUGCUGGAAGGAGACAUCGUGGGUGUCAUCAAGAAGAAGGACCCCAUGGGCAGCCAGAAUCGCUGGCUCAUAGACAAUGGGGUGACCAAGGGCUUUGUGUACAGCUCCUUUCUGAAGCCCUACAACCCGCGCCGCAGCCAGUCAGAUGUCUCUGUGGGCAGCCACUCUUCCAAUGAGUCAGAGCACAGCAGCUCCUCUCCCCAAACCAACACCAUGCUGACCUUCAGCCCCAGCGGGGCAGCCGUCACCUUCACUCAGAAACCGCUGCAGGACUUGGCCUCCCCAGCAGACCCAUACCAGUCCCUGCAGCCCCACUCGGAGAUGGACUCCCCCUCUCUGCCCCAGCCUGGCUCUGGUGACAGGACAGCCCCAAUGGAGGCUGGUACAGUGACGUCUCAGCGCCACUACAGCCGCCCUGAGCUGGGGUGCAGCCCUAGCUCUCGCAAUGGGCACCCUGCCAAAGCACAGCUCAGGCCCACACCCUCGGUGGAGGACAGAGACUCUGGGCUGGAGAGCAGGGAGUCAGAGGGCAACCAGGUCUAUUACGCUCUCUACACCUUCAAAGGCCGAAACACCAAUGAGCUGAGCGUGUCAGCUAACCAGAGACUCAGGAUCCUGCAGUUUGAGGACAUCACAGGCAAUCGGGAGUGGUGGCUGGCAGAGGCACAUGGGAAGCAGGGCUACGUGCCCUCCAGUUACAUCCGGAAGACAGAGUACACGUGAGGCAGCAGGCAGUAGCCUGCACCCUCUGCCUUGUUCCUGCUGGGAUGGCAUGGGGCCUGUCAGGGAGGCUGGCCAGCCCUGCAGCCCCCACUGCUGUCCCUGAGGCUGUGUCCCUCACAGCUGUGCAGCGCCGUACCAUACUGGCUGCCACCUCCCCUCCUGGGGAAGAAGGGUAGGCUGGCAGGAGCAGGUGUCUUGUGUGAGGGCAGAGCUGAGUUCACCUGUGCUUUUUGAGCCUCCUGUGUCUAGCUGGGAACAGGGGAGCAAAGCUUAGGGCUGCGGCCUAGGAGGGUAAGGCUGGACCAAGGCUGAGGAGCUGCUGUGGGUUUAAAUUGUGGAAAGCUAAUAACUGAGUUUCUGGAGUCUGUCUUUAGCCAAGUAGUGUUAAAAGCAACCUGGGCUCUCUGAAUGUGCUCCCUGUGUCUUCUGAGUGCCAGAAACCUGGCCUCACCUGUCUGUGGAGGACCUCAGGGUGGGACAGCAGCAGCCUGCCUGGGGAAGCAGCUCUGAGGUUCGCUGGGAGUAGUUGAGCUCCAGGGCUGGGACAGGCCGAGCUCCUGAAAGCCCCCACAGCAGAGCCCCCAGCAGGUGCUUCAUCCCCAUGCUUGGUCUCUCCAAACUCUGCUACUAGCAGCAGCCAUUGGAUUCUUGACUUUGAGGUGAGCUGGAGGUCCAAAAGCCAUCUUCCCUUGUCAGUGUUGUAUCUCCAGUGUCCAAGACCUGUCUUUGCACUGAGAUGCCCACCUGGCUGCUCUGGGCUGGGGCAUGGCAGAAAGCAAAGCACAGACUGAUUUUGGGGGGAUCUGACCAGGAUUGCCUUAACUUGCAUGACCCUGCAGGGCACUGGAGAUAGUGCUGACUUUCUGGGAGGGCAGGGCCCUCCCCGGGAGGGAUGUGGUGCCCUUUGCCAGGGUGGUGUGCCUUGCCCACUGCUGCUGUGCCCUGAAGGAGGGAAGCUCCCUUCUUCUGGAGCGAUGUUUACAGCCCCUGUACUGCUGCUCUGUAAAUAAAGAUUUUUCCCUUGUGUA